GAAUUAUGAAGUACAUCAGUUGCAUUUACGGAAAGCCAUGAACGAUGCGUCGUUUGAAGUCCCAGGUGGAUAUGAUUUGUCCCACUAGCUUUGGUCUGAGUCGGAUCAAAAAACAACAUCAGAAGCGACUUUUAGCAUCAUCAUAUGCUAUUUGUCUCUUCAUUUCCUUCUCUCUUCCUCUAUAUCAAUAUUAAUAUUAAUAUAAGAUGGCUUUUCAUUCUUUAAGUCUUCUUCACAUUCACAUACAUCCAUUGGAUUGCUUGGUCUUUGUUUUAUGCUCAUCUCCGAACCACACCAGCCUUCAACCCUUCUUCCUAAGGAAAUGGUUUGAUGAGGGAAUGCAACAUCAAUGUAUAGAAGUAAGAAAGUGAUAGAGUAAAAAAAACAGUGGAAAUUGAUUUACUCAGUAAAUAUUGAGGAUUUCAAGUAUUUUAAGCUAAUAAGAGUGGAAAACAUGAUCCUUUGAUUAGCAAAUUCAAAUUCUUCUAUCCGGUUUUUAUAGUUAUGGGCACAGGUAGCGAUGAUCCUUCAGCAUUCAGCUCUAGGAACAAAAAUGAACCGACAUUCAGGAAUACGAGAACCGAUAAUGUUGACGCUGGUGACAAAGCUGAUAAGCAGGCUGUGGAAGGUUGCCUGCCUGACAGUGAUGAUUUUAAUACCAUUUCAAAUCUUAACUUAUUGGAUAAAAAAGAACAUGAAACCAUUAUUGUAUCAGAUGUGGAUGAAAGUGAUCGUGUUUUACCUGCUAAUAGCAUAGAGGAUAAUGGCCUUUCAGAAUGUCUGGAUUCCUUACCCAUAACAAUGCCAACUAGUAAUUUGAAAAAAAUGCUUCUCGUUCUUGAUUUGAAUGGAUUGCUUGCAGAUAUAGUUUUAUGUCCUCCUAAGGGCUGUAAAGCAGAUGUUAAAAUUAGCAGAAAAUCAAUUUUUAGGAGACCCUUCUGUCAUGAUUUUUUGAAGUUCUGCUUUGAGAGAUUUGAAGUGGGAAUUUGGUCUUCAAGAAUGAAGAAAAAUAUCGAUGGAGUUAUUGAUUUAGUGAUGGGGGAUAUGAAGCACAAGUUACUGUUUUGUUGGGAUCUAUCCCGUUGCACUUUGACACAGUUCAAUACUCUUGAAAAUAGGCAUAAGCCUCUGAUUUUUAAGGAAUUGAGGAAAAUCUGGGACAAGGAUGAUCCUGAACUUCCAUGGGAGAAGGGAUAUUACAAUGAAUCGAAUACAUUGCUACUAGACGACUCACCUUACAAAGCAUUGAUUAAUCCCGCUCAUACUGCAAUAUUUCCUUAUCCAUACCAAUGUCAGGACAGGCAGGAUGAUGCUUUAGGUGAUGGGGGUGAUAUCAGAAUUUAUCUGGAAAGACUAACUUUAGCUGAUAAUGUACAAAAGUUUGUUGAGCAACAUCCACUCGGCCAAGAGCCAAUCAAUGAAAGAAGUGAAUCUUGGAGCUUUUAUCUCAAGGUUAUGAGCUCAUUGCGUCCUGACCACAAUUUAAUUUCGCUCCCCGCUUAACUAUAGAGAUCGGGGCGAGGCUGGAAUAUAGAUCUACAUCAGUGAUGCUGAUUGUACAUCAUAUUAAUGGUUGCUGGUAUAUUCAUAAAUUUUACGAUAUUGGAUUUUGGAAACUUAGAAUUUUGGAGAAGCCAUACCUUACGAGAAAUGUUUAUUAUUGGAUCAAUACUAUUUGAUACUUUAAAGAAUCAAAUAGUAUCGAUCCAGUGAUACGAUACAACAACUUGCUAGCAAGUUUUAUGGAAGUUGUUUAAACUUUUAUACAUUUUAGUCUUGUUACAAUGUAUACAACAUUUUCACAAAUUUACGGGACCUUUCAUCAAUGAAAUUAUUAUCCAUAUAGUA